CUACCGCUGCCCGGCGUGUUUUUUAAGCCAUGGACAAUCGCCUGAAACAGUGAACUUUUUCAACAGCUUUCGUGAAUGGGAUUUUAUAAUUUAGUGAUAAUUUUAUCCGAAAUGAAAGCAUAGUCCAGUCACAAUAAGUAUAAUUAUCCACACUGAGUUAAAUCGCAUAGUUUUCAUCAGAAAGGAGGGAUUCGGAUGGUGUUCGUUAAUCACGACGCGUUUCCGAUUUUGUACCGAGUGUGACGUCAGAAAACAGGAGAAAGCAACAUAAAUCAGAGAUGAUGAAGUUGUGAUGGCGAAAAUUCACUGUCAUUCCCUACUUUCUGGGAGUUCAUGGUCUUCUUUCGAUGGAGAAUCAUCCGAGGAAGAAUCGGAAGCCAUGGAAGUGGACGAAAACAAUAGUUUGGGUCUCAGUGAAGCCACGCGUCUGAGUUGUGAAGAUAUGAAUUUGUAUGGAUUGUGUCCUGCUCAAGAAGAUGUGUGCCUUGUCAUCUGUAAAGAUUGCAACAAAGUCGUUAAAUUAUCCGCGUUUACUAGACACUGUGACUUGCUUCACAAGAAACCGAUACCUCCACCAACUCCUUCACCCGAUGUUAGUAGUCCAGCGCCAGUUGAGCUUGUUAUUGAUCAGUCAUCAAAUAUCAAGAUUGAGCAACUACAAAUUGAAGAUAGCACAGUGAAGAUUGAAGAAGUACCAUUAACUGUACCAAAAGUGAAUCAUGUUGUACCUAAAGUACUCCCAAACUCAACAAAAAAGUCUAGUGGAAGUAAUAAAAAGUCGCCAAGAAAGGUUAUUCCUACCCGAGAGAGAGAAUUUGAUGCAGACAAACACUGUGGGGUUUGGGUACAGGAACAACAGAAACGAUGCACAAGGUCUCUUACUUGCAAGACCCAUGCUUUGUCAUUGAGAAGAGCUGUCCCUGGCCGUAGAAAAAAGUUUGAUGAACUUCUAGCAGAACAUAAAGCAAGAGUAAACAAUGAAAAGGAACAACAACAACAAAACCUUGCAGCUAUGAAACUACUUGAAGCAAAGUCUACAAAUAAUGUAUUUAAAAAGGUGAAAACUGAACCAAUGGCUAAACCUGCAAAUGACAAGCUUCAAAAUAACACACAUGUUACCUCUUCUAAAGAGGAAACAACUGAAACUUCAAGCAAAGAAGCAGAGAAUGAGGAAGUAGAUGACAGUCAUUUGUUAAGUGAGCUGUCAACCGUGAAUCAUCACCCAAAACCUCUGGCGUCAUGUUCAUUUGGUGGUAGAAAAGUUGGCCAUGGUGCUUUAGUAUUCAAUAGAAGACAGGAUCAUCUUAGAUGUGCAAUGCUGGCCAUGGUGGAGAGAUAUCUCAACCCACAAAGGAAAGCUUCAUCAGGACGACCAGGAGCUGCUGCUAUUUUACAUAGACCUGCAAUCAAAACCAUUGGACAAUCCAGUAAUCAUAGUCUUGCAAAAGGCUCAUUGAUUAUUGGAGACAAGAACAAGAGUCAUUCAACUACACAUAGAAACCUAUCAAACUUUCUUAAGGCACCGCCUCCACCCCGAAAUAGAUCUGUCAAACACAAUAACGUCUUACAUGGAACUAAACAUUCUUUGGAAAAUUCUUAUCAAACUGUGUUACAUAGUAAACCAUUGAUUGAAGCAUCUGAAGGAUUUGAUGCAAGUAGUCAAGCUAUCAGUGACAUGGGUAACAUUAUUGCUAGUAUUGACUCAUCAAGUAGAACUACUAUAGAAAAUGACACACGGACUAUCUAUACUAGUGUUACUAAUACACAGAGUGAUAUUGUACAUGGUCAAACUACUAUGGUAGCUAAAAUGAAUGGUACAGCCAGCAGUACUUCAACUAAUACUGUGGUCCAGAUUGCAGGUCAACUGGAUCCUUCUACAGGAAAAGUUACACCUACUACAACAGGACAACGAGAGAGUCCAUUGUUCUUCACUACCCAGAAUCCUCAAGCGUCRCCAUUACCUAAUGGCACAGGACCCUCCCCWCCUCCAAUUGCUUCAACAAGUGUUAAAGGCUAUCCUGCACUCAGUUUUGUUAUUCAAGGAUCAAAACCUGCUAACCCUUCUCCUGUGAACUUUUCUAAAGGACAUAGUCUAGUGUUUAAUAGUAUGGGCAUGGCACAAAUGCAACAGCCUACUUCACCUCUACAACAACAGCAACAGCAACAGCUGCAACAAAAAGGUAAAGUUCUUUUACGGGCCAACUCUUAUCCAAAAACCAGUGGUAAAGCAAAUAAUUCUCAGGUUAAAAUUCCUCAAUCACCAUCGCCACAGCAACAGCUGUCACCAGGACAACCAAAGACAAUAAUUGUGACAAGUCCCCCACCGGGACAGCAAAACCUGUAUUUGAAUCACAUGAAUAAUGCACCAAUUGUACAGCUAAAGCAACAAGUUGAACAACAACAACAGCAGCUGCAACAGAUUACUCUGCAAAAGCAGUUACAUCAACAACAACUUCAACAACAGCAGCUACAACAGAAACAAUUGAACUCGCAAUUUGCUAAACAACUACCAAUACAACCUCGUCUAGCACCUGCACCACAUCCUCCAUCACAGUCRCUUCUUACUCAACAACAGCUGGCAGGUCAAAGUAUUGUUAUCAAAGCCACAGAUCAACAGAUGAAGAGUCCUCAGAACACUGUCUUUGUGACUGCAGAUUCUCAUCAAACUAUGGUCAAGCCACAGUCUAAUGUUGCUUAAAGAUAUCAAUAGUAGAAUAUUUUAUCCUAUAUUUUCAGAAAAUCCAUUUGACAAAACAAUUGAUUAUUAAUAUUAAUAUAAAUACUUUGAAAUGGCUGUCCAUGUCAUGUCAAUGAAAUGCAAUUAAUUCUUACUAGUAAAAUAAUAUGAUAACAUCCUUGUUCUAAACUGUAAUUAUUGCUUUUUGGAGAUAAUGGUACUUUGUUUUGUUGAUAUUCAUACUGUACAAUGCCAUUAUUGUCCAGAGAAUUAUGUUGGUAAAGAUUUCAGCUGUUGUUGGUGCUUCAUUUUCGUUGCUGUCAUUGGUAUUUUUGUUUCAGUGGUUGUUAUUGCUGUCAAUACUGAUUUUGUUGUGGAUUAUGUUGGUGCUUGGCUAAUUGAUGUUCUUGUUGUUAUAGGUCUUUUUGUUAUUAUAUGUUUUUGUCACUUAUUGUCAAUAGUUUUUAAUAUAUUUAUGAACAAGGAUGCAUAUUUAUUGUUAGCUGUGUUGGCCCUUCCACUUAAAGAAAAUGGUUUAUUAUAUAUUACAAUAAUGUGCCUUUGAUUUAAAUAUUUCCUUAGAUAGUAAUAUAAAAUAAAUGUGACAUUAUCUUCAAUGACCUUGCUUAUCAGCUUGAGUCCACUUCAGACAGGUUAGCUUAUUAUUAUUACUAUGUACUUCAGAACAUGUCAAUGCCUUGAAUCAUUGUACUGGUCCCAUUGCAAUACCUCUCAACAUAUCAAGAGGCUGCAUUGCAAGAUUCAAAUCAAAAGGCAGACCAGUCCAUAAAUUGGGUUUUUAAACUCAAACUUUUUCCAAGUCAUUCAUCAAUCAAUGUAUGAGGUAAAAUAUACAUCACAAUCCUUGAACCUCAUCUCGUUGACUUAUUAAUAAUGAAUAUUGCAUAAAUAUUUUCAUUCAGUCCUUUGGAUCUGUCUUACAUCCCUUCCAUACUUUGACAGUACAUUAUACAAGCCCUGUAAUGUUUAACUUUCUUUAGGUUACCAUUGAAUAUUAACUCUAAACAAAACACACUUUAUAUAAUAGAUAUUUUCAUAUUAGAGUUAGAUUCUUUGGUUUAUUACUGUCUGUUUAUGAAUGAGGUUCUUCUAUGACUUAUCCGUGGAUAGAUCUUGUUUUUUUAUUUUAUACAGUGUUACGUGAAUUCAACAAUUAUUGGUCCUGUACUGCGGUACUCUAGCAAAGUCUGUCUGUGGGAAAACUCACAAUUUUUACAUGACAUGGCAUGUAGUGUUGGUUAUAUUGCACUAAAACCAUGAAUAGAAUUGCAGCACAGAUAAGUCAUGGUUUAAGUGCAUGUAAUCCAGGUUUUGCAAUUGAUAUUUUCUAUGGAAUUGUGUAUAAAGUAUUUCAUAGAUACCUACUAAUAUAAUAAUACUGGUUUGUAUCAUACUUUUGUAAAUAAUUUAUUUAUGAGUACAGAAUAUAAACAACAAGCAUUAC